UAGCCUGGCACGUGUGUCGUUUUUUUUUAAAGUGUGGCUCUCAGCUGCCGAGGUGGAUGAUGAUGAUGGCGGAGCUGAUUCAGGGACAGGCCUCGGUUGCUCAGCCAGGAACGAAAGAUGACUUCGCAGACACGAUACGCCGAGUCCGACAGAUGGCAGCCAAGAUGGGAGGAGACCAGAUGCCCACCAUGAACAGCUCCUGUCCAGUCAUAGACCCCUCCCUCUACGGUUUUGGGGGACAAAAACGUUCUUUAGACAAUGGAGUAGGGAACCAUCUCAGUGCAAUGGUACAUCAAAGGGCUUUUACAACAGAAGACUUCCAAGUGCCUGAUAAGAUGGUUGGAUUCAUUAUUGGAAAAGGAGGAGAACAAAUCUCAAGAAUACAACAAGAAUCAGGUUGUAAGAUCCAGAUUGCUUCAGACAGCGGGGGCAUGUUGGACAGACCUUGCACACUGACUGGGAGCCCAGAAAACAUUGAUCAAGCAAAGCGGCUCCUGAGUGAGAUUAUAGAGCAGUGUCGGUAUGGUCCAGGCUUCCACAACGACAUGGAUGGCAACAGUUCCAUCCAACAGAUCCUGAUCCCUGCCAACAAAGUCGGCCUGGUCAUCGGCAAGGGAGGGGAGACUAUUAAGCAACUGCAGGAGAGAACAGGAGUGCAGAUGAUAAUGAUUCAGGAUGACCCCAUGCCCACUGGAGCAGACAAGCCCCUCAGAAUUACUGGAGAUCCCCACAAAGUUCAGCAAGCUCGUGAGCUUGUGGUGAAACUCAUUCGGGACAAAGACCAAGGAGACUUCAGGGCAGGCAGGGUGGACUUUGGAUCUAAAAUGGGUGGAAGCAGUCUGGAUGUGGUUGUGCCCAGAUUUGCGGUUGGCAUCAUCAUUGGCAGGAACGGAGAAAUGAUCAAGAAGAUUCAGAGUGAUGCAGGUGUCAGGAUCCAGUUCAAACAAGAUGAUGGAGUCAGUCCUGAUCGAGUUGCUCAGGUGAUGGGCCAGCCCGAUCACUGCCACCAUGCGGCCCACCUCAUCAACGAACUGGUUCAGACAGCUCAGGAGCGAGAUGGAUUUGGUGGAGUUAUCGGACGCCGUGGGCGUGGGGACUGUAACGUGGGAGGGACUGGAGGACUGCAGGAGGUGACCUAUGCUGUGCCCGCUGAUAAGUGUGGCCUCGUGAUUGGCAAAGGUGGAGAAACCAUCAAAAACAUCAAAGAGCAGUCUCGUGCCCACGUGGAGCUGCAGAGAAACCCGCCGCCCAACACUGACCCCAAUGUCCGCAUCUUCUCCAUCCGAGGAACCCCUCAGCAGUUGGAAAAAGCCCGUCAGCUGAUCGAUGAGAGAAUUGGGGGCCCAGGAAUCAGCAGCAACAGCAGCUUCGGUGUGAAUGCUUACAACCAAGGACCAACUACUCCACCUCAACAUGGCCCUCAGAUGUUUAUGACUGGAGGAUGGGGUACAACCUUUCAGAUCUGGCAGCCUCAAGGCCAACAAGACCAGAGUCACAAUGGAUCCCAGACGGGCCAGAUGGACUGGGACCAGUAUUAUAAAAAGCUAGCAGGUCAGCAGAAUCAACCCCAGAGCUCUGCCCCUGAUUACAACAAGACCUGGGGCCAGACAGCUGGUCCUGGAUCUCAGCAGACCUCUAAUCCAGACUACAACGCCUGGGUUGAUUUUUACAGGCAGCCGAUGGCCUUCUUCAACCAGAGCGCUCAGCAGACACCAGCCCCAGGCCUUCAGGAUCACUAGAGACGACGCCCUGGUUAAAGACUUGAAUCGCAGGAUGAAACGACCCUUUUUUAACGGAGGGGUUCUAGAUUUACAACGCCUUGAAGACUUUUUUCUUAGUGAGAAACACUAGCUGUAGAAUGACUUGUAUGAUUAAGUAAUAUUUCUUAAAAAAAAAUCAGGAACAUUUAUUUGUUACUAAAUGCAUAUGUACACUGUUAUUUUGAAUAGACAGUAUCUGGGAUCCCUUUUUGGACUUGAGAGAGCUGCUUUGUUGAUCUAUUUUUCCUGUCUUGACUCCGAUUGUAAGCGCCAAAAUGAACCCAAGAGUUGUGUAACAUUUCAAAAGGCAAUAUGAUCUAUUUUUUCUAGUUAUGUGGAAAUGAAACGAUGAUUUUUAUGUGCUUAGCAGUCUUGAAUACGGUUUUGUCACAUCGUAAAAUGUUUAAAAGCGUGUGUUUAAAAUGUUUUCCUUUUACGUAAUUCAGUGAAAUGAAACUGUGAUGUUUUGUUACAGCAAAUGUAUUUUUGUUACAAGGUUUGAAAGCAGAUUUAAUGUCAGCCAGUGGCGCUAGUUCUAAUUUAAUUCCUCUUGUGCGUUGUAUGCUGUUUUUUCCAUUGUCAUUUUAUUGUUCUCUGGUUUAAAAAGGUGCAAUAUCUUAUUUCACUUUUGAAACAAAGAUGGUUUCUCUAAUAUUUUGACGGACUUUUAACUUGUAGUUUUAAGAUAAUAUUUUUUUCCUAUUUUUGAAAUUGAGAUGUCAUGGAUAAUUUAUUACAGUGAUUUGAUAUGAUAGGAUUUAGGGGGAUGUUGCAAAUAGCUUUUUUGCCUUUACUACCUUGUAAAACAAUGUGUAUAUAUAUAUAUAUGCUCAUAUAUUUGACUGUUAAUUUAAAUAUAUAUGUUUCAUAUAUAUAUAUAUUAUAGACACUUAUAAAAUAAUUUUUCCUGUGAUCUGCGUUGCAGGAAGGUUGUCCCUCUGUUUUCUGUUCUGUUUUUCUUACUGAAAAUGUUCAAAGAUUGUGAAUGUGUGAUUUUUUUUUAUUUUCUUUUGAAAUUCGAUGUUGCAUCUUGUUCUGAAGAAAAACAAGAAGUGGUAGAUUAUUUUGUGUGUGUGCGUUCACUCUGUAUCUACAAACUAUUCAAGACUGCUAAGCUUCUGCAAUUCGUACCUGUGUAAUAAUGUAGUAUUUUUCUGUUUUAAGUAUUAUGAUCAAAAACUUUCUUAUUUGGUACCUCCCAGUUCGCCAGCGUCCCACAGAGCCCUCGCCAUGGACUCUGUGGGACGCUGGACUCAGUCCAAUGCUAAUAACGUUUUAAUUAACUAAGUUUUUUAUUUCUUUGUGUGAUCUAAUAUAAAUGAUUCAUCAUUAUAGAGAAUGAUUCUGGUAUUAAUGUCAUUUCUUAAUGAAAAGGGAUAUAAUUUCAAAAUGUCUAAUUAUGGUGUUUAUUUUCCUGCGUGUGUACAGUUAACCGUGUAUUAAAAACAUCCAGACUACCUUUACGUGUACUGUUGAAGAUGAUUUUAUGUUAGAUUAAUAUUCUAAACAGUUGGAUGUCUUUUGUUGUAUUCUGCUACUAAAAGUGUUGAAACUGAAAGCUCUACUGUGUGUAAUACCAGAUGAAACCUAGAGGAUCUAUAGGCCAAAUGUAUGUUUUCUUGUUUUAUAAGAAGAAAAUAUAUAUUUUCUAGAGUCUACUGCCAGUUCUCAAACUCAAAUAAAUUUUCCGCAAGCCUC